AGCCUUGGUAACGCAAAUUUGCCGUCCACUUCAGCUUGACUAUGUGCCAGCGAAUCAUAGAGUUGGUAGAUCCACAAGAAGCUGAUGGCGGAAUCAAGCAUGCAGAACUUUUUGUGCAUGUUCUCUUCCGGAUGGGAUUGGACCACACAACACUUCUAGAUAUGCUCAUCUCAGCGGAUACUCAGUUUUUGAAAUUCUUCAUACAAUUCCUACGAUACGCCGAAGACAACACGCAAGACUUUAAAAUCGCGUGUGCUCGAGCAGCUGUUGAUUUGCUCCAUAGCGAGGAAGAUGGUCUUUCAGACGAGGAUGCCGAGGCAGAUAUCCAGAUGUUGGAGAUUGUCAGCGAAAUCUUGGAGGCGCUAUAUGCAGAUCUCAAGAUGUCUGAGUUUCCGUAUAACCCAAAGGUUUUAAUGAUCAGGAUUCAGAAUGUGAUAGAUAAACUUUCGAGGGAUUUAUGAGUGUACAGUACAAUUAAUAUAUCAUUUUUGCUUUUGCUUUGGAGUAUGAAGGUACAGAUGUGAAUGAAUGCUUAUUAUUUGUCUUUUCUCUUCUCGUCUGGCAAACCACGUCUCUCCAAUUCAUUAUGACGAUCAGCUAAGCGGAAGUAUUCCUCUGACUGCUGUUGGCAU